AUGGGAAGAUACUCAGUGAAAAGGUACAAGACUAAAAGAAGAACGAAAGAUUUAGACCUCAUAUUCGAGGAUCUGACGUCUCCAGCCAAAAUACAACAACUACUGAACCAGCCAUUAGACGAAACAAAACCUGGUUUGGGACAGCAUUACUGCAUACAUUGCGACAAGUAUCUUGAGACCGCCAUCGCGCUCAAGACGCAUCUCAAGGGUAAAAUCCAUCGUCGCAGAGUAAAGGAAUUGAAAGGUGUCCCAUACACUCAGGAAGUCUCGGAUGCGGCUUCGGGACUAAACUUGCAAAAGUUCUUGAACAGAGUCGAACAGAUAAAUCAGCAAAGAGGUCCACAGAAGGAAGCCAACGAAACUGAACUCAAAGCACACUUGGAUGCAACUUUGGAGAACGUGGCCACCACAGAACCCACUCUACCGCAUCUUGUGCAGGACGAACCAGUGAAACAGAGUAUCGAGGACGCCAAUAAUGGCGAGGUUCAAAUGGAAUGA